AUGGUGGCCACUGGCGAGCAAUUGAUGGAGCGAAUCGAACAAAUUCAACUUCCCAAUCAACCCGAGUCGAGAGUUUCGAUGAGCUCGGGUAUCAGCAGCGUCUCGAUGAGCUCAAAUCAUCAAGUUGAGACUGUAGAAGAGUCGGUGACCCCAUUGAAACAAAUGACAGCUUGUUACAAACAGAUCAUUGCACAUGUGGGUGAAGAUGUGAAUCGACAAGGCCUUUUGAAGACGCCGGAAAGAGCCGCGAAAGCAAUGCUCGACUUCACAAAGGGAUACGAGCAGAAUCUUGAUCAGCUUCUCAAUGAGGCAAUUUUCGACGAAGAUCACGAUGAGGUGGUGAUUGUGAAGGAUAUUGAUAUGUUCUCUCUUUGUGAACAUCAUCUUGUUCCGUUUAUGGGGAAAGUUCAUAUUGCUUAUUUACCCAACAAACGAGUACUCGGUUUGUCAAAAUUGGCUCGAGUUGUCGACAUGUUCAGUAGAAGAUUGCAAGUACAAGAACGCAUGACGAAACAGAUCGCCACAGCCAUUACAGAAGCAGUGCAACCACAUGGUGUAGCUGUGGUCAUUGAAGCAACUCACAUGUGCAUGGUGAUGAGAGGCGUUCAAAAAGCGAACGCGAUGACAACCACAUCGUGUAUGUUGGGAGAAUUCCGAGAGAAUCCAAAGACACGCGAUGAAUUCUUGGCUUUAAUUAGAAAA